AUGAGGAACGGAAUGAGAUGUUCGAAAUCGGAAAAAUCGGAAGAGAAGGUGGAUGGUGUGAGAUUGGGGGAGGAGGGAAAAAUUUUUCAGGGGAGAUGUUGGAGAAGGAAAAGUGGGAGGGAAAAAGAAAAUGAGUGGAAGUUGAAGAAGAAGAAGAAGAAGAAGAAGAAGAAGAAGAAGAAGAAGAAGAAGAAGAAGAAGAAGAAGAAGAAGAAGAAGAAGAAGAAGAAGAAGAAGAAGAAGAAGAAGAAAAAGAAGAAGAAGAAGAAGAAGAAGAAGAUGAUGAUAAGAAAAAAACGAANNNUUACCGGAAUGACAAGUUUUUUGUUGUGUUUGUUGUAUUCCUAUUCGGACAAGGUACCCUUCAUACCUACAACUGUCCAUUGUAUAUACUGUAAGGCAAAGGAUGCAACAAAAGAGGCAUCACCAAAAAUUGCAUCGGAAACAGCCGGAAUCCGCUUAUUGCCGGUGUGCGGAUUGAACCAGACCGUCUAG